CGUUAACAGAGGUUGCCUAACGUUAGCUCGCUAGAUCCCCGCUGUGACAAAGUGACAGACUGGGUAGACUGACAUACUGGAGAGACUGACAGGUACUGUAUCGUUUGGUUGUCAAUUUAUCGUCUAAUCCCCUUCCCUUCCACUCGACGCCGAGACAGAUAAAUAUGUCCAGUUUAUCAUGUUUGUCCAGGCUUCCCUUGCGUUCCCAACACAUCAGAACUCACGUGUACAAUAGGUCGUGUGUGUGUCCGAGCCAAGUCUGGAGCCGUCCCAGCUCCACAUGUCCUCCCCGCAGGAGGGUGGUGGUGACUGGCAUCGGGGUGGUCUCUCCUCUCGGGACAGGCACGUCGCUGCCCUGGGAGCGUCUGAUCAACGGUGAGAGUGGGAUCGUUGGCCUAGAUCCGGAGGAAUACAAGUCCAUCCCAUGUAAAGUGGCUGCACUUGUGCCCAGAGGAAAAGGGGAAGGAGAGUUUGACGAGGACAGUUUCACGACCCGCUUCGAAAGGAAGGCCAUGUCCCCAGGGAUCGUGAUGGCUCUGGGUGCAGCACAGCUGGCCCUGGAUGACGCAGGGUGGUCACCUCAAACCCCAGAGGAACAGCUGAACACAGGGGUGGCCGUGGGCAUGUCCAUGGUGGACGUGGAGGAGUUAAGUAGAACUGCAAUUCUCUUGCAAACUAAGGGCUACUCCAAAGUAAGCCCCUUCUUCAUGCCUCGCAUCCUUGUCAACAUGGCUGCAGGUCACAUCAGUAUAAAGCACCGUUUGAAGGGGCCCAACCACGCCGUGUCGACAGCGUGCACCACAGGGGCCCACGCCAUCGGCGACGCCGCCAGGUUCAUAGGUCACGGUGAUGCCGACGCCAUGCUGUGCGGCGGGGCGGAGGCCUGCGUGUGUCCUCUGGCCUUAGCAGGCUUCGCCCGGGCUCGUGCCCUGGCCACCAAGUGGAACCACGCCCCCCACCUGGCCUCCAGGCCGUUUCAUCCGGAGAGGGAGGGCUUCGUGAUGGGCGAGGGGGCCAGCGUGAUGCUGCUGGAGGAGCUGGGCCACGCGGAGAGGAGAGGGGCGCGGAUCUACGCGGAGGUCCUGGGCUACGGACUGUCCGGGGAGGCCUUCCACAUCACCUCCCCCAGCGAGGACGGGGACGGAGCGCUCAGGUCCAUGUCCGCCGCCCUCAGGAACGCCGGCCUGCUGCCCACGGACGUGACGUACGUCAACGCCCACGCCACCUCCACGCCGCUGGGCGACGCCGCCGAGAACGCAGCGCUGCAGCGUCUGUUCGGGGAGCACGCCGGCAACGUGGCCGUGUCGUCGGUCAAGGGGGCCACCGGCCACCUCCUGGGGGCGGCCGGGGCCCUGGAGGCGGCCUUCACCGCCAUGGCCUGUUACCACGGCGUCCUGCCGCCCACGCUCAACCUGGACCGCACGGAGCCCGAGUUCCCCCUGAACUAUGUCCCCUGCAGGGCCCAGCAGUGGGGGGCCCCGGGCCGGCGCGUGGCCCUCACCAACUCCUUCGGGUUCGGGGGCACCAACGCCACGCUGUGUCUGGCCAGCGUCUGACGACCAUAGGACCAUGAUACAUGAACAUAAAACAUGAACUAACAUUACUGUAAGGACCUUAUUUAUCUCACGUAUGUUCGCCUUUGUUUUAUUUAGUUUUGUCUCGCAAUGAUGAUGUAAAAUAGUAAUAAAUAUUUUUGAACAUGCA